UCAGUGACGUCACUCGUGUUGUGUCAACUUUUAGAAGUUAACUUUGCGAUUAAUAGGCAGCAGUGCUUAUUAUUUACGUUUUUAAUAAAAAUGGAAGUUGGAUUUAAAAAAACAGACUCCAAAAAUUUACCAAAAGUUGGUGUCGACAUAGUAGUAACUUUUUUUGUCGUGAGUCCAGAUUUUUCAAGUGUAGAAAUGAAAGGCACUAAAUUAGUACGGUAUGCAUGAAUGUUUUUAAACGUUGUUUGCAUUUUAUUCAGCAAUUUCUAAACAUAGCAGUUAUAUUUUAGCUCAACUAGCUAACUAGCUUUUUUAUUUAAAGAGAUUGAAAAGAAGUUAAAUGUGUGUUACAAUAAUAACUGCAUAUUUUUAGGUGGAUAUUUUAAAAGAAUUUGUAGAUGCUGUCAAUAAAAAUGAUUGUCGGGGAAGUAUUCUUCGCUACUUUCAAGAAGACAAGCAUUCAUAAGGUGUGUUCAAGCUUGAUUGGAAAGUUGGACUCUCCAGAAUCAUUUCUUGAAGCAUUAUCAAAGCAAAUGACCAACACUGAUAAUAUAAAUAUGGUAUUUUCCACCACCAAACAUCAAAGUGAUUCACCAAUGUGGUUUGAGUUGAAGUACGGCAGAAUUACUGGCUCAACUUUUUAUGAAGCCGCUCAUUGUAAAACUAUAAAUGGUUCCCUUCUGAACGCAAUUAUGGGAGAUGAUUCAAAAUUUACUUCCAUUUCAAUGAGUAGAGGGAAAAUACUAGAAAAAAAAGUUCUCAGAGUAGCAAGAAAGAAAAGAUUGAAAUUGAAGAAGCUGGACUACUUCUUAAUGCCGAGUAUCCUAUUUUUGGAGCAACAGCAACCUGACGGGUUUACUGAAAAUUAUACAAUAAAAGUCAAAUGUCCUUCAACCGAAGCUGCCAUACUUUUCUAUGUGAAAGACAAUAAAAUAACACCAAAAUGUUGGACACAAGUGCAACUGCAAAUGUUGUGUGCAAUUUGA